AUGUCUCCCUCGCCUCCCCGUCCAUCUACCAGUACACAGGUCACACAAGACGACGACGGCAAUCGCAGCGACUGCGAUUGCCCCAUAUGUCUUUCCAAGAACUAUGGCGAGGCCAAACGAGUAACCAAACGUACGAAGAAGAAACACAAGGAGCUCUAUCCCGAUGAACCCACCACCGGCACAAAUCGCACACUACCUUCCACCUCAGGUCACGUUGCUCUCGACUCCCUUCUCGUUGAGCACCCUCCAGCGCCUCUAGCCACUUACACGAGCCGACACACGCGGCUACGGUCCGAAAAUGUGGUCGACGACCCCAGGAAGAGAAACAAAACAAACGAGCAGGCGACAUCGGUAGAAGAGCGCCGCGAGGCUGUCGAGGAAGAUCAGGGGACCGAUGAGGAUUCAGACAUGCCGCUCGAUGCUGUCGAAUAUAGCGAGGACAGCUAUCUACGCGCUCCGACAGCCGAGCUCAAUGUCGAGGUACUCUCGCCAGACGAUCAGUUCUUCGCUUUCGAGGAACUGGACCCGGACUUUGACGAAGAAAACAACCAAUGGGGUCGUGAUCUUGACGCUGACGAACUUGCGCCGGAAGAGGACGAGGAAGAAGCUGACCAGAGCGUCGACGCGGACGAACUGCCUCAGACACCACCAGAACCGCUUGGUGACGACGACGACGUGGCAAACUACGAGCUCCCCCUUGAGCCGCCUGUGGAGCGUGCGCCGACUCCGCCCCCUCCUCCACCCCUCGAGGAUCGACCAGCCCAGCCCAUGUCUUGGUGGACCGAGCAAGACGUCGACAAUCUCCACGAGCACACGACCAUCGUCGAGGCAAAGGAAGCGAUGGCAUAUGUCAAGCUCCUCCAAGAGGCUAGUAUCGACAACAAUCAUCACGCGCUGUCCCUCGCUGCUCGUCAUCGUCUCCGCAACCCUCCCCGCACACUUGUCGACUUACGCGCAAAUCAAGGGCUACGUGUGUCUCUCAGGCACGCGCUUGUCGGCGACACGCAACGCUCUUACCUUGCCCAUUGUGCCAUCACCGCGGAUGAGGUUCCUGGACUCGAUACUUACAGCAUAUACCGGGCGGAUCAGGCAAUUAAGGAACUUAGUGGGGUCGAGGGAAUGCGCAGCGAUAUGUCCGAAUGCAAAUCUGUCGCAAUGUAUCAAAUGCCACUUGUCCCGCUACUGCCCGAAAAAAUCUAA